AUGGCAGCAGUAGGAGUGGAGAGGAAGCAACAGCAACAAACAGAAUCAACGAUAACGAUGAUGGCGGAGGAGAGCUGCUCGAUGAAAACGGGGGCGGCCAAGCAAGGAGAGGGUUUGAAGCAGUACUAUCUGCAACACAUCCAUGAACUUCAGCUCCUUGUCCGCCAAAAAACCCACAAUCUCAAUCGCCUCGAAGCUCAACGCAAUGACCUUAAUUCGAGAGUGAGGAUGCUUAGAGAAGAGUUGCAGCUACUUCAAGAGCCUGGGUCAUAUGUUGGUGAAGUUGUCAAAGUAAUGGGGAAGAACAAGGUGUUAGUUAAGGUUCAUCCAGAGGGGAAGUAUGUUGUUGAUAUUGAUAAAAGUAUUGAUAUCACAAAGAUUACUCCAUCAACGAGGGUUGCCCUUCGUAAUGACAGUUAUGUUCUUCACCUGAUCUUGCCAAGCAAAGUGGAUCCUUUGGUCAACCUUAUGAAGGUCGAAAAAGUUCCAGAUUCUACCUAUGACAUGAUCGGUGGUCUUGACCAACAAAUUAAAGAAAUAAAAGAGGUUAUUGAACUUCCAAUUAAACACCCUGAAUUGUUUGAGAGUCUUGGAAUCGCCCAACCAAAGGGUGUUCUCCUCUAUGGUCCUCCUGGAACAGGAAAAACCCUACUGGCUAGGGCAGUGGCUCAUCACACUGACUGUACUUUCAUCAGGGUUUCUGGUUCUGAAUUAGUUCAGAAAUACAUUGGAGAAGGCUCUAGAAUGGUCCGAGAGCUUUUUGUUAUGGCAAGAGAGCAUGCUCCAUCAAUCAUUUUCAUGGAUGAAAUUGAUAGUAUUGGUUCUGCUCGAAUGGAAUCUGGGAGUGGCAAUGGUGACAGUGAGGUGCAGCGUACUAUGCUGGAGCUUCUCAAUCAGCUGGAUGGAUUUGAAGCAUCAAACAAGAUAAAGGUUUUGAUGGCUACAAAUCGGAUUGAUAUUCUGGAUCAAGCUCUCCUUAGGCCAGGACGAAUUGACAGGAAGAUUGAAUUUCCGAAUCCUAACGAAGACUCACGUUUCGAUAUCUUGAAAAUUCAUUCAAGAAGGAUGAAUUUAAUGCGUGGGAUUGAUUUGAAGAAGAUAGCCGAGAAGAUGAAUGGUGCAUCUGGUGCAGAGCUCAAGGCGGUGUGCACAGAGGCUGGAAUGUUUGCUCUAAGAGAGAGGAGGGUCCAUGUUACACAAGAAGAUUUUGAGAUGGCAGUAGCAAAGGUCAUGAAGAAGGAGACAGAGAAGAACAUGUCAUUGCGGAAGCUCUGGAAAUAG